GAUGUUUACCUAAGUGUAAAAGAGAUAGAACGAUAAACAAUGGAUGUUAUAAAUAACGAGACAGUUCCUGCGUUAGUGCCAUAUAUUUUGUGUUAAUUGCCGCGUUAUGUCGACUGAAAGAAAAAAGUUUUCAAGAACCAAAAGAUAACAUUAUAUUUGGCGGCUAAAACAUUAGUGUUAUACAAUUGAAUAAACAUGCAGUGAUGUAAGAAUUUGCUUCUUCAAAAACCCGCAGAAAAUUAAUCUUAAUAUAAUUGUGCGUCGUAGUAAAAAUAGCUACGUAAAUCACGAUGUCAAACACAUCUCAGCGUGUCUGAGCUCUCGAACAACAAACGAGAUAAGAUAACGGCCAGCGUCAGUAGUCAGUCACGUUUCGACCAUGGACAACUUCGGGUAUCGCGAGAUGGGGUGGCCCUCACCCCUCCAGACGCCGACCCCCACACCCUCGAGAUUCCGCUUCUCCGGCAGCGUGAGAUCAAGAACACCAAGAGAACCUGAAGAGUUUCCACUAAACUCCAGCUAUAAACCAAACUUCGAUCUGUUGGAGUCCGCCAGAGAACCUGGAAAAGCUAAAGAAUAUCUGUUCGUGGGCCCGUCGCCACCCGCUGAAGAUGCUCCGAAUAUGUAUCAUAGUUUUGAUGUCCUCGCUCCAGACCCUGAAGCCAGGCUAACGGAAGAUGUCGCCAGACGAGGCCUGUGUGAAAAAGCUUUGAGCCUCGGAGCGGCUCGAUUCUUUGAUGAUGUUGAGUGUGGUUUGAUAACUACGGAUAAUAUUGAGGAACAUAUAAGUUCGGCGCCUGAAGUGGUCGUCAACCUGACAUUAAUGUGGGCUGCAUUUCUCGCGAGGGAUGAGUUGAUGCCAGCUAUUUUAGAAGCAGGAGCUGACAUUCACUAUUCAGAGCCAGCUGGACUGACGGCUCUGCAUCUAGCCGCAUUCAGUGGUGCAGGUAGGGCUGCUGUUUUCUUAUUAUCUCGUGGGGCUGACGUCGAUUUUGCACCAAAAUACUUUGCGCCACUUCAUUGUGCUGCGUUUGGGAAUUCUUUAGAAGUUGCCGAAAUUCUAAUAGCUAAUGGUGCUUCUUUACAUGCCGUGGUGCAGAGAGCCGGUUGUGAAGAUAAUUUGGUACAUUGCUCAGUACGAGCCGACGCUGUCGAGUGUAUGGAACUUUUCAUUGAAAGAGGUGUAGACCCUGCUUAUGUUACGUCAGGUGGUUUGAACGCUUUACAUCUAGCUGCUGAACUUGGCGCUCAAAGAUGUCUGUCAUAUUUACUGAAAGAAACAAAGAUAAGCGUGAACGGCGUAACCAAACAAAGAGAUAAGGAAUGUACAGCGAUACACCUGGCGGCGGCUAGAGGAUAUGCGGAAUGUUUGGAGCUCUUGUUAUCUGAAGGUGCAAAGGCAAACACAAAGAACUACAGAGGUUUUACUGCAUUGCACUUAGCGGCUAGAUGUUCAAGCAUCGAGUGUGUCGAGGUACUUCUUAGGGACGGAAACGCUGAUCCAAAUGCCGAAGAUUAUGAUAAAAGAACACCCUUACAUGCUGCCAUAGGACGAGCAGAGCGUGCAUGUGACAUCAUCGACAUGCUUGUAAGCUGGGGUGCACAAGUCAACAAGAAAGAUGAAUAUGGAUACUCUCCUUUACAUUUAGCUGCUAUGGAUAACCUUACUCAGUGUGUAGAGACUCUAAUAUUCCUUGGUGCUGAUGUCACAUCGAAAUCGAAGAAAGGCCAUACAGCCUUAAGUGUAAUCGCCCGAAAAACACCGAAAUCACUAGCUAUACUUAGACAUAAUUUAGAUUGUGGUAUAUCCUUAAACCAACCAAGUGAAGCGAACGAAGAAGUGCAAAUAGAGUUUGAUUUUGGCAGAUUACUGAAAUUCUCUUAUCCUCGUGAGAUCACAUAUUUAAACAGUUUGAUUGAUGAAGGUCAAAAAGACAUAUUACUGCAUCCGCUAUGUUCCGCGUUUUUGUUUAUGAAAUGGAAGAAGAUAAGAAAAUUUUAUUUGGCCAGACUUAUAUUUUGCUUUCUCUUUGUAUCGUUCUUAUCCAUCUAUGUCCUAACUGCGGUUGUGAAAACUUGUAACGGUAAAUAUGCUCAGAAAUACGGUGUGCUUAAUGAACUGUGUCAAAAGCAGUCGAUAUUAGGUCUCAUAUUAACAAACAAUCCGAUAGAGUUCGAAAGAUGGGUUCUAAUGGCUAUCACUGCUUUUGAGAUUCUUCGGAAACUAACCGGCAUAACUGGGUACUCAAGUAUCUAUCAGUACUUUGCGACCUUCGAAAAUUUGAUGGAAUGGUUUGUCUUGCUGUCUGUAUUUUCUCUGUACAAAAUACAAAAUGAUUACAGUUGGCAGAACCAUGUCGGUGGUUACGCGGUAUUGGGGGCCUGGACAAACUUGAUGCUUAUGAUGGGUCAACUUCCUAUGUUCGGUGACUACGUAGCUAUGUAUCAGAAGGUGUUAACAGAAUUCUUGAAGUUACUAUUAGCUUACAUGUGCCUUCUUUUAGGUUUCACUAUUUGCUUCUGCGUGGUAUUUCCGAACGAAGAGAUGUUUUCGAACCCUCUGAUGGGCUUUAUAAGCACAUUAUCAAUGAUGGUCGGAGAGCUAAACUUGAAUAUUCUGAUAAAUGAUCCUACUAAAGACGAUCCGCCAUUAAUAUUUGAAUUGUCAGCACAAAUCAUAUUCAUUCUAUUCCUCAUGUUCGUUACCAUCAUCUUAAUGAACCUUCUUGUGGGUAUUGCUGUUCACGAUAUUCAAGGAUUACGCAAAACUGCUGGGUUAUCUAAAUUGGUCAGACAGACGAAGCUGAUCCUAUUCGUUGAGAUGGGUAUGUUCAGUGCUUGGCUCCCAAAAUGUCUACAUAAAUACGUGUAUAGAACUGCAUUAGUGUCUCCCGAAGCUGGAAAAGUAAUUUUGAGUGUGAAACCUCUUAACCCACGGGAGAAACGAUUGCCGACUGACAUAAUGAUGGCAGCGUACGAACUGGCGCAGUUAAACAAAGUGAAGUCAGGUAGAUCGAUCAAGGAAAUCUUGUAUAAGAACAAAUACACCUCGAAAUUGAAGAAUGAAGGUCAGUUCGCGAACGACCAUAACUUUAGCUUGGAGAUCAGAGGCAUGCAAGAGAAAAUAGAUCAGGCGACGUUCAAUAUGAAGAAGAUUGAUCAAGAAAUAAGGCAUAUGAAUACACUGCUAAUGGAUCAACAGACUCUUCUCCAUAAUUUCUUCAAGUAUACCGAUCUGAUUCCUUACCGAGCUCCUCAUCCAUCCACUCCGAUUUAUUCACCAGAAUCACCAGUAUUCUUCACCAGUACAAGCCAGAGUCAGCACUCUGACAGCAUCAAGUAAAACUAAAGCAAACCGAAUAAAGGAAAAUCAGCUUUAUUCAAAAGAGGUUAACAUUCAAAAUUGCGAUGAUCGCUAUCAGAAACAUCCGGCAAAAGAAGAAAAUGAGUGCAGAUUGUAUUGUAUGGAUAUUCUGUGUUUAGCUUUAAAUUAAAAUUUAAUCAUAACUAUGAUAUUAGAGAUGAGAAAAAGAUGGGAAAGAAAUAUUUUUAAACCGUUUAUGUGUCAGGGUAUUAGGAUUUUUAUAAAAAAGUUUGCCUUUUGUCUUUAUCAACAACAUUUUCAAAUUUAUCAAGUUAUUUUUGCUGUCGAAGGAACAGCAUUAAAAAUACUUUAUGACAUGGCGAUAGCUCGCAGAUAGGAACAAGUGAAUUUAGGAUAGAACAAAUAAUUCUGUAAUAAUGUACGCGUGAAAUAAUAAUCUUGCCAAGGCAAACGCCAGGAACGUGUUACAUACUUUAAAUUAAGUAAUUUGUUUGUACAGUUUUCGUGAUCUUAGUGAUAAGAGUGUUUCGGUAAAUAGAGUACUUAUGGAAGCCACUAUUGGCUGACAAGAUGAAAACAUUGUCAACGUUAUCGCGUUCGCAUUUAAUUAAAUCUUAUUUUUUAUAA